AUGAUCAGAGACUGCCAUGGAAAUAAAAAUGUACAGAAGUUGAACUAUGCAAAUCAAGUUGAAGAAACUAGUACUUUGUUUUAUGCCUGCAAUGCUGCAACUGAUGUGAAGGUGAAUCAUUCAUGGUACAUUGACAGUGGUUGUAGUAACCACAUGACAGGUGAUGAGAGACUUUUAGUCAAUAUUCAAAGGAACUUGACCUCUAAAGUAAAGAUGGGAACUGGAGAAAUAGUUCCAGUUGCAGGAAAAGGGACUCUAGUGAUAGACACCAAAUUGGGGAGGAAGCACAUUCAAGAAGUGAUGCUUGUACCUGGUAUUGAAGAAAAUCUACUUAUUAUUGGACAGAUGAUGGAGCAUGGAUAUUAUCUUGUGUUUAGAGGAAAUGUGGUGAAUAUCUAUGAUGCUUGGUCAUUGGAUAACCUUAUUGUUAGAGUUCAAAUGACAAAUAACAAAUGUUUUCCUCUUACAAUGAUGUCUACAAGUGAUCUGGCUUUAAAGGCAAGUGUUACACACUGUUUGCAGACAUGGCAUAAGAGAUUGGGACACAUAUAUGAAAGGAGCAUCAAAAUGCUUGAGAGUCAAGACAUGGUUCAUGGCUUACCUCAUUUGGGGUAG